AUGCCCGCGACACAAUCACCAACACUCCAAUACACAAAAAAAGCGUCGCCGUCUUCGUCUUCGUCUUCAUCAACAGGAGUCGGAAUAGUCUCAACGCUACAAGACCAUCAACGACAAACCCUCACUAAGUUCAAAGACUCUCUUCCCGAACUUCUAUCUACCAAAAACACUUCCGCGUCCGAACACGCAGUAGCGCUAGAGUUCCUAAUGAGUGAUACCGCGCUCUACUGUUACUUACAAGGAAACAAAUGGGACCUGGCGAACGCACAGAAACAAUGGCUGGAGAGUGUGGUGUGGCGUGUUCAUACUUUUCGACCACAUUUAAUAUCGUUUGAAGACGCGGAUAUCAGGAGUCAGGCUGAACGAAAAACCAAUUAUGUUAAUGGGUUUGAUAAGGAGGGAAGGCCGAUUAUUUAUUUGAAGAAGAAGGCCGAUAAGAAGGAGCUCGAAACAGCAAUCAAAAUAAUGCCAGAACACAUUCAUCAAAUAGUCAUUAUAAUGGACUUUACACUAUACAAUCAAGCACAAUCAACACCGAUCCCUAUUGCCCUCGAGACCAUACGAAUCUUAACAACACACUACCCAGAACGAUUAGCACGUGCGUAUUUGGUAAAUGCACCAGUCAGUCUACGCAUUUUCUUAAAAAUAGUAUGGCCGUUCCUUGAUGAGCCGACGCGUAAUAAAAUACAUUUCGUUAGUGCGCCUGGGAAACAAAAACAAGAGAAAAACAAGGAAAACAUGCAACAAGACUCGAAACCUAUUGCGGUCGUUGAUCCGUUAAUUAACGAUUGGAUCAGUCUGGAUAUGUUGGAGAUAACUUAUGGUGGAACUUUGGAUUUUGAUUAUGAACAUCAAGUUUAUUGGAAAAGUGUUCAAGAAUUGGGAAUUGUUUAA